AUGCUUAAAAACUUAUUCAAACUAAAUACUCUUAGAAGAAUUUCUAGUACAAAAUACUCAUUUAAUAUAAAUGAAUUAAUCAUAUAUAAUGACGAUGAUUAUAUUGUAGUUAACAAAAAUUAUGGAGUAUCUACCUUUGGAAAAUCAGAAAAAAAAGAAAGCAUAAAAAAAAAUUUACAUAAUUUAAAUUUAGAAAAUAUAGAAAAUGUUAAUAUAGUUUAUAAAUUGCAUAAUACUAUAUCAGGUUGCAUUUUGAUAUGCAAAAAUAAAUUUCUUAAAACUCAUAAUUAUGAAAAUAUGUUUAUAACUUUAGUAUAUGGAAAAAUAGAAAAAAAGAAUAAUGGAGAAAUCAAAUUACAUUUGAAAUAUUUACCUAAUUCUAAUAUUAUGAUUCCAUCAAAUAAUUAUGAACAUAUUAACGACCUAAAAAUGUUAAAAUAUGAUAUUAUUAGUAAUACUAUUUCGUAUAAUGCACAUGAUUUCACUAUUUUAAAAAUAUAUAUAAAUGCUAAUAAUUGCAAAUAUAUAAAGCCAUUAUUGUUUUACUCAUUAUAUACAUGUAUAGUGGGAGAUAAUGAAUACAUUAAUAUUCAUAAAAAAUUAAAAAAAGAAUUUUUUUUUUUUCAACAUAUAAGAAAUAUAAAAAAUAGUAAAAAAUUUCUACUAAAAAAAUUAAAUGACAAAAAUGAGAAUAAAGAAAAUCAAGAAUUAAAAUUACAUCUUCAUUGUUCUAAUGUAACUUUUCAAUCAACUUGUAACAAAAUUAUAUCUGUUUCAUCCCCAUUACCUGUACAUAUUAAAGAAACGUUAAAAUUAUUAGGUUCUACUAAUUUAAUUGAAAAAUUGGAUAAAAAAGAUCAAAAUGACAUUUUCACAAAUAAAUUAGACAAAAAAAAAAUAAGUAAGAAUAUACUUGGGGACGAAAUAUUUUUGCAAAAUAGUAGAGAAUUCAAUCAAGAAAAAAAUGAAAACUUUUAUGAUGCAUUAGAAGAUGAAGACAAUUUACAAAAGGAAAAUGAUGAAUUAUUAAAUGAAAUAUAUAAAGAUAAAGAUAAGAAAAAAAAAGAAAAGCAAAAAAUCAAAAGAGGAGUGUUAGCAAAAGAUUUUAAUAAACUAACAAGUUCCGAUGCACCUAUUUUCUUUACUGACGUUAAAUAA